AUGCAGUCUAGUGCUUCGUCUAUACAGGUGACGGUCCGAGUACGGCCGUUCACCAUUAGAGAGGCGGCUCAGAUUACCAAAAUCGAUGACGGUCCGACGUUCUUCGGCGAUGGGAACCUCGCCGGUACACCGAAGCCGUCACUUACCAAUAAGGGUAUUCGAAGAGUUAUCAAAGUUGUCGAUGAUCAAUUCUUAAUAUUCGACCCACCGGAGGAAAACCCUAUCGCUAGGUUCGGACAAAAGAUCAUUGGUCCCCGUGGAAAACAACAGAAGGAUAUGAAGUUUGGCUUCGAUAAGGUCUUCGAUGAAAAUGCACAGCAGGGAGAAGUCUAUGAGCAGACCACCAAGAAUUUAUUGGAUAGUGUCCUUGAUGGAUUCAAUGCUACGGUCUUUGCUUAUGGUGCUACCGGUUGCGGGAAAACGCAUACUAUUUCUGGAACCAAGCAACAGCCUGGUAUCAUAUUCCUCACAAUGGAGGAGCUGUUUCAACGGAUUGACGACCUAAAAUCAGAGAAGUCUAUUGAGCUAUCUCUGUCUUACCUCGAAAUCUAUAACGAAACAAUCAGAGAUCUGCUGGUACCCGGUGGCAGCAAGCUGGGCCUAAGCUUACGCGAAGAUUCGAAUGCAUCAAUAUCAGUUGCCGGACUUUCGACCCACCGACCUUGCAAUGUUCAGGAAGUUAUGGAUAUGAUCGUCAUGGGGAACGAAAACAGAACCAUGUCACCUACCGAAGCCAACGCCACAUCCUCGAGAUCGCACGCCGUUCUACAAAUCAAUGUUGUGCAGAAAAAUAAAACUGCAGGAUUGUCAGAGAAUUUGUUCUCUGCCACAUUAUCAAUCAUCGAUCUUGCUGGUAGCGAAAGAGCUAGUGUUACAAAGAACCGAGGAGAUAGGUUACUGGAAGGUGCCAAUAUUAACCGGUCCUUGUUAGCGCUAGGAAACUGCAUCAAUGCACUUUGCGAUCCAGCUAAAAAGAAUCAUAUCCCAUAUCGUGACUCAAAGCUUACAAGAUUACUCAAAUUUUCGCUAGGUGGGAAUUGCAAGACGGUCAUGAUUGUUUGCGUGUCACCAUCGAGCCAGCACUACGAUGAAACACACAACACCCUCAAAUACGCAGACCGGGCCAAGAAGAUUAAGACAAAGGUGUCUAGGAAUAUGAUUAAUGUGAAUCGCCACGUUAGUCAGUACGUCAAGGCGAUUUAUGAUUUGCAACAAGAAGUUGCCGACCUUAAGCAACGGCUUGGGGAUUCCGUCAAGGAAGCCAUGGGCAAGAUUCAGAAGCAACAGCAAGCACGAGAUAUGGCCAUGAGGGAAGGUGUUAGGAGGAUCAGAGCUGCGUAUGAUGCCUCGCUCGAAUUGAGAAAGAGGAAGUUGAACGAUAUGGGAGGAAUUCGGUUAAUUGAUAGGCGGAUUGCAACUAUAAAGGCUUGGUUGUUCGCGUUUGAUUCGUUCUUCGCGAGUGGAGCUUUGCCGUCGGAGAGUUUGGGGAACAUAAGGGCACAAGCAGAGGAUGGCGUUAAGGAUUUAGAGGGGAAGAAAAUGUGGUUGAUGCAGAGGUUGCAAAGUGAGCCGUGGGACAAGAGUAUUGAUACAGCAUUAAAAAGUGCGAUCGAUUCUUUAGCCAGGCUAGAAGGUGGGGUGAAGGAGGAGGAUCUGGAGACCCUAAACCGAGAGGCAAAUUUGCAGAAGGCGACGGGGGAAAAGGAAAUUAUGGAGAUGUUGCUUAACGACGAGUUGGAUACGACCACGAUCGAAGGAUUGACUAAAGCUCAUUUCGAAACAAUUGUGGAGCUUGAGAGGGUCAGAGAGCUGGAACCCGAGGCCGCAUUAUCCGAAGCUCCUAUGGCGCUAUUUAACCUUAUUCAGUCAUGCACAGUUGCGACGGGACAGGUGAUUACUCCUAAUGGACAGAUUGCGGUUCCCGAAUAUGUAGCUGCUACACCUGGAAGGAAGCGCAUCAGCAGCAAUCAGUUUGGGUUUGGAUCCCCAGCGAAACGACCUAAUUUUGCGCUUGCUGCUGUUACGAAUAUUAUGACAACGACCACAAUCACAGGUCCAAUUUCAGAGGAACUAAUUAUGCCCAAGUCACCGGCUAAGGGCACACCGAGAAGAAAGGUACACACUCCUAGUAAGAAGGCUGUAACAUUCAAAAAGCGUGUUAGGUGGCGCGACGACGUGGUCGAUGUCGAGCAAAACGAGAACUCGCUGGUGAGGAAGUUCAAGAAGCAAGAAUCUGAGAUGAUGUUGCAUCAGCAGCAACUGCGGCGAGGCGGGUCUCCACCGCCUCCCUCUUCUCGUCUCUCUAUGGAUUCAAGCACCGUGAAUAAGGCCAAACGAGCAGGUAGCAGCGUUCACGCUGCUACUCCUGCCUCAUCUUCUGCCUCCGCUGCUAUUUCUUCGCACGCGCACGUGGAUGUACAUGUGGACAGCGAUAGCGAGCUUAUGCCUCCACCUCCCGCCCGAGUGUCGUCAUCGUCGUCGACGGCAACAAGCGCGCCACCGGUCCGCAGCAGCAGAAUGACCAUUGGCUUUCUCUCCAAGGAUGCUGCAGAAGGAGGCGCUAACUCGUCUACGUCGUCGCCAGACAUCGGGCGUUCAGGUAUUAGUGAGACAACCGAGUCAAGUCGAACCAGUCACCACUCUCCACUUCGAGAAACCAAUAUCGGCAACAUUAUCAACCGGACAACAGGCAAUUACGGUCUCAGGUCAACCCUCAACAGCAGCUCAGGAGGACCGAUUGGUAGUGCCGCCUCGCCGAUUGCCAAGAGCUCAGCAGCCGCGGCGAGUUUCGCCGAGUCCCACGCGGAUUCCUACUCCUCGUCAGACGAGCAAUCCACUACGUACCGGCCUCCUCGAUUCCAACCUGGGAAGCUCUCGGGAGCCGUUCACGUCAAGUCUUCGUUCAAACGCAACUCAAUUGCGCCCGGGUUUAGCCACACCGACUACAACCGUGGUCGGAGCAGGCCCUCGGUCACGGCUUCUUUUGCCGCUCCGACAGCAAGCGUAAAAGCCCGGCGGAAGAGCCCUGUCAGACAAGUGUCGCCUGAUGGAGGUUCUACGGUCCUUCUGAAUCCGAAGAGCGGAAGUGGGGUUAGAAGGAAUAUGAAGGACAAGGACGCUCAAAUCAGGGCUUUAAGUCCAAGGAGCUCUAGGGUCGGUGUCCGUAGGUCUAUUAGCGGUGGAAGCAGACGGUUGACGGUUUCGGGGGCCAUGGGGGAUCAAAUUUUGUCAGCCUUACAGAAGGAAAAGGAGAAUAUCGAUGGUAGUGGGGCUAGCAGCAUCACUGUUGUUGGGCUUAACGCACCUCCAGUGAGGAUGAAGUAG